ACACGCCCUCCACCGCCGCGGGCCAGCGCUGCCCCUAUAUAAUCUCCAUCUCGCAUCUUCCUUCUCUCCAUCAACAACCACUUCUCUCUCUCCACUUCUCUCCACCACAACAAACCACACACACACAUUCACAAUGGCCCGAACCAAGCAGACCGCCCGAAAGUCCACCGGUGGCAAGGCCCCCAGGAAGCAGCUCGCUACCAAGGCCGCCAGGAAGCAGACCACCGCCGCCGCCGCUGGUGGUGUCAAGAAGCCCCACAGGUACAGGCCCGGUACCGUCGCUCUCCGAGAGAUCCGACGAUACCAGAAGUCUACCGAGCUCCUCAUCAGGAAGCUCCCCUUCCAGCGACUUGUUAGGGAAAUCGCCCAGGACUUCAAGACCGACCUCCGAUUCCAGUCUAACGCUGUCAUGGCUCUCCAGGAGGCUUCCGAGGCCUACCUCGUCUCUCUCUUUGAGGACACCAACUUGGCUGCCAUCCACGCCAAGCGUGUCACUAUCCAGCCCAAGGACCUCCAGCUUGCUCGACGACUCCGAGGCGAGCGAUCUUAAGCAGUGUCUUUUUGUACUCUAGGGGUGUUGGUGCUUUUACAACUUCGUUUUUAUCUUCUAUAUUUUUAUACGCCGGCUCUCUUUUGAUAUGCAGCCUUGGCCAUUCUCUACAUCACUAAACCUGC